UAGUACGAUCUGUGUAUCAUCCAUCACCACAAGGAAAAGAUCUAAAAAAUAAGACAGGUGGUUCUGCAGUUUUAAAAGGAAAAAUGGUCUUGUGAACUAGUAGGGGCCGGGCCGGGACACUUGCGUAGUAGGAGUAGUUGCAUUGAACCGCAAGAUCACGCGAGCUCUGACCAAUACAUAGAGUAGAGUAUUAUCUUUUCUCUUUCGGGCUGGCGUCCUUGUCCAUGAGAGGUGCCCGGAGUGAAUGCUGCCGUCGUGUCACACCGAUCGCCCCGAAGUCAAAUCGACGCGCCAUGUCACGGUGCCGCACGCGCACCUGCAUAUAUCGCGAGGCUUGGCUAGCUCUCGCCGUUGCCGCACGCACGCGCAGAGCGACGAGGCGACACGUACGGUGCGCGCGUGAACAGCCGAGAAGGGAAGAGAAGAGCGGCGAGGCCAUGGCGGGCGUGUGCGCGCUGCUGCUCGUCGCCGUGCUCCCUCCCGUGGUGGUGCUGCUUGUCUCCGUGGCCGGCCGGGCGGCGGCGCGCGGGGUGGGCGCGCUGGCGCGCGCGCACUACGCGUGGCCGGCGGGGUCGCCGUCCGUGCACGCGCGGAAGUGCGGCAGGAGGGCCGCGCCGGAGCAGCCGGAGCACGAGCUGCGCGUGUCGCGGCACCGCGGGGGCGCGGCGGUGGAGUGCGCGGUCUGCCUGAGCGGCGUGGCGGAGGGCGACGAGGUGCGGGAGCUGCGGUGCCGGCACGUGUUCCACCGCGCCUGCCUCGACCGGUGGCUCGCGACGCCGCCGGCCACGUGCCCGCUCUGCCGCUCCCGCCUGCUGACGGCGCCGCCGGUAGAGGCCGAGGAGGAGGAGGAGCUGGACCUGGACUCGGACCUGCUGCUGCUCAUGGCGUACGUGCACGGCGGCGGCGGAUGGUUCUGGUCGCCGUGAUCACGCGCCCGUGACCCAUGCCAGUGCCCGAGGAACUGUACGGCGUAGGGACGCGUGUGCGUGCGUGGUACACCGGCAUGCACGUACGGUGGCCUGGGCGCACGUUCCCGACGGUUUUGUAUAUUGUUUUUACGAGCUAGAUCGUCCGUUCAUUCCUCCUUUUCUUUAUUUCCUUUUUGGUUGUGGUUCGUGUACGCACGAGAGAGCGGUGGAUGGUAUGGAGCUUAGCUGGUUUUCUCGCA